AUGGAUCACCCGUGCUUGCUUUCGAGGUUUGCUUCAGUCGUCCAUCAGAGCACGAAAGCCGGAAGUCAGGCGAUGCGCAGUGACGCGUUUAGCGCCUCUCAUCAUUCCCCACCACGCCCGGAUCGCAUGUGGCCGUCAUGUGAAGGCCCGCAAGCUUGCGGGACGAGAGAACAAGCCUGCCAUACGGCGGCCAUAGCCCAACUGCAAGUGCCAGUACCAAGUGCUACCAGUCCGACACUCGCGCCGCUUGCGAAAAAACAACAACAACAACAACGACAGCAUGUCGUGGUCCCGUAUCCCAUUUCGCUGUCUUCUCGUUUAGUGUUUCCUUUUUCCGCAUCUACCGUGGAAUUGCGCGGUUCUCUUGGAGUUCAUCAGUCUCUUGGAGGCGCAUCAAACGCCUGCUGCGCUUUGCACCACCCCCCCACGGUUCUCUCGGGCUCGGCGACGGCGCCAACGAAUAGCUCCGUUGCUGCUGGCCCGGCGACGGCGAAUAUAGAUUUUACGCGUACAUAUCCUAAUGUCGGCUAUGUGAUAUCAAAAGAGCAGGGCGGGGGCGGAGGUGGAGGAGCUGGAUACACUGAGAAUUGGAGCAGUCUGAUUGGCAUCAUCACUGCUAUUGUGGGCAAUGUGCUCAUUUCUUUUGCACUGAACAUGCAGCGCUACGCUCAUAUACGACUGGACCGUGAAUGGCAGGAGAAAGAACGUCUACGCAAGAAGAGGAGUGCUUCCAGUGCCAGUCUAGCACAACUGUCGUCCAGAGGGAAUGGCAAAGACGGAAAGAUGGCAGCUCGGCCAGGCGAAGAUGUGGUAGAUGCUUCGGAAUCCGAUGCCCUGUUACCACGGCCAUCGAUGGCAAGAGAAGGCAGUGACGACACUUCUGCUUCGGGCGAAGAAGAGGCUUACAAGCACAAGUCCUAUCUCAAAUCCCCCUACUGGUGGCUCGGCAUAAUCCUCAUGACCAUUGGCGAAGCAGGCAACUUCCUCGCCUACGGCUUCGCGCCCGCCUCCAUUGUUUCGCCGCUCGGUGUCGUCGCACUCAUCUCCAACUGCAUCAUCGCACCUUUUAUGCUCAAGGAGCCGUUCCGCAAACGCGACGCACUCGGUGUGAUAAUCGCCGUGGGAGGUGCGGUUACAGUGGUGCUGUCGGCAAACAGUAGUAAUCCAAAGCUGGGGCCGGAUGAGAUUUGGCAUUUGAUUACGAGGUGGGAGUUUGAGACGUAUUUUGGCAUUACGGCGGGGGUCAUUAUUGCGUUGAUGGUGGCGAGCAAUCGCUUUGGGGAGAAGAGCGUAUUGAUUGAUCUGGGGCUCGUUGGGUUGCUCGGAGGAUAUACUGCGUUGUCUACCAAAGGUGUCUCGUCGUUGCUCUCGUAUACACUAUGGCGGGCUAUCACUUUCCCAAUCUUCUAUCUACUGGUUGCCAUACUCGUUGGUACUGCCAUCAUGCAGAUCAAGUAUGUCAAUCGCGCUCUACAACGUUUCGACGCAACCCAAGUGAUCCCGGUUCAAUUCGUGCUCUUCACACUGUCCGUCAUUGGUGGCUCAGCAGUUUUGUACCGUGACUUUGAACGUACCUCUGGCGAAGACGCCGGCAAGUUCAUUGGGGGCUGCGCCUUGACCUUUUUCGGUGUCUGGCUCAUCACCAGCGGCCGCCCCAAACAAAACGAGGACGAAGAUGAAGACCGCGAACCGGAACCUGAAGAUGCCAUCAACCUCAUCACAGAAGGCUACGCCGACGAAGUAGCCAAUAUGAGCGAAAACAGCGCAGCAAACACCCGUCGAUCCUCCACCACCCAUCGCCUCUCCCCCUCCAACACCAACAACUUCCCCUUCUAUGCCAGCACCGACACUUCCCGCCCCACAACCCCAAGCAUAAACAUCAUCCCAGACGCCACGACAUCCUCUCAAAACCACACCCGUCCAGCAACAGCAGAAGACAAGCCGCAUCCCCAGCUCUCGCCGCCCACUCGGCACCCCCCGAUCUCGACCUCCCCCUCCCCCCCUCCAGCACAACCCGCGUCAAAUCCGGACCCGAAAUCCCCUCGAGAACAGGCUCGGAGCUCCGCCGUCUCCGACUAA